AUGUCGCAAAACAGUGUAUACUCGUCGGGCCAAUUCAUGAACCCGGGCCCCGCGCCACGCCCCCCAACCGAUAGACCCCGGCUCAACCUCAUGCCAAACACAAAUAACAUGCCCGGCAGCAUGUCGUCUAGCAGCAUGUCCAGCAGCAUGGCCAGCAGCAUGGCCAGCAUGGCCAUUUCGCCAAUCCCGGGUACCGCCACCUCGACAUAUUCCGGUUCCACCAUUUCCCUGCCCAUUGCUCGCCAGCAGACUAACCCCGCGGACGGCAUGGGCGGCGUGGCCAUCAAGAAGGAGGGCUGGGCCUCGGUCAAGGAGGGCAAAACCUUUAUUCAGCCAUGGAAGCAAAAAUAUCUCAUUCUUCGCAAAGAGUCCCUCGAUUUCCACAAGACAGAGGGCGGCAAGGUCUCCUACACAAUCUACCUCAAGGACGUACUCAACGUUGGCCGAGUCGAGACCACCGGCAUCAUUUUUGAGAUUAAGCGCAAUCUAGUCGGCGCUUCCAACAACCCCGGCGACGACGACGGUCAGACCAAAACACUUCAGAUUAAAGUCAAGACUGACGAUGAGCUCUACGAGUGGAUCGAUUUGAUCUAUGGCGCCUCCCCCAACAUGGGUGGCGUCAGCAAUCCCACCAACUUCUCUCACGCCAUCCACGUCGGCUUCGAUUCCAAUACCGGCCAGUUCACCGGCCUGCCUCCUGAGUGGUCCAAGCUGCUCAACUCAUCCGCCAUUACCAAAGAAGACUACUACCGCAACCCCCAGGCGGUUUUCGAAGUUCUCGAUUUCUACACUGACCUAGCUAAGCGCACCGAGAACCCCAACCAGUACCCUUCUCUCACGCCUACGCCUCCCGCCGCCGCUCAGGCUCAGAAGCAGCUUGGCUAUGCCGGCGCCGGCAUUGCCCCUCCGCGUCCCGCGCCUCCUACCCCUCAAGGAGGAUCCGCUUACAGUUUGGCAUCCUCACAGUCUAGCACCAAUGGCGCUCGUCAAGCUGAGCAGCUCCAGCACCAGCAGCACCAGCAGCACCAGCAGCACCAGCAGCACCAGCAGCACCAGCAGCACCAGCAGCAACAGCAGCAGCUCCAGCAACAACAGGCGCAGCAACAACAGCAGCGCCAGCAAAUGGAAAAUGCCAGAAAGGAGGAGCAGCGCCAAAAGCAGCUCGAGCAGGAACGUCGUGAGCUGGCAGAGUAUAACGCUUCUCUGCCUCAACACAAGACCCCGCUGGCUCGACAAGAAGUCGGCGGUGGCUACUCAACCGAUUCGCCUUCGCGCGACCAGCCCGAGCGAUUCAACCCCACCAGAGCUGCUCCGCCUGCUCCCAAAGGUUCUCAAAACCCUCAGCAAUUGCGCGCGCAGCGUCCUGCGCCUGCACCUCCCUCCAGUGGCGGCUCCUCGCGGCCUCCUGUCAACCAGCAGUCAAGCGCCAGUCGCGAUCCCAACGGCCAGCGUUCUCGUGAAAACGGUCCCUCCAACCCAGGCCCUCGCUAUCAGCCCAGCAACCAACAGGGCCAGCAGCGACCUCCUCAGGGUCAAGGCCAAGGCACCUCCCGCUUGCCUGCGCCUGUCAAGCCUCUGAAUGUGGCCCCUAAGCCCUCUCAGAAUGCCCCUCCCAGCGACUCGGUCAAGGCUGCCGAGGCUGCCCUGUCCAAGCCCGCCGAGAAGAAGCAGGAUGUCCGCAUGUCGACCAUGUCCGAAAAUGAGGUCAUGGCCAAGCUCAAGGAGGCCGUGUCCAAGGACGACCCCAACCUGUCGUACUCGAAGCAGAAGAAGAUUGGUCAGGGUGCUUCCGGAUCCGUUUAUGUUGCCAAGAUUAAGGAGACUGCUGUGGGCAUCGCCCGCGAUGUCCUGCGCCAGCAGGGCCCCAGAGCUCAAGUUGCCAUCAAGCAAAUGGAUCUCGCCCACCAGCCUCGCAAGGAGUUGAUUGUCAACGAGAUCAUGGUCAUGAAGGACAGCCGACACAAGAACAUUGUUAACUUUCUGGACGCAUUUUUGCGCAACAACAAUGCGGAACUCUGGGUCGUCAUGGAGUACAUGGAGGGCGGUGCGUUGACCGACGUCAUUGACAACAACCCAUCCAUUUCUGAAGAGCAGAUUGCCACCAUCUGCCACGAGACUUGUCGUGGUCUCCAGCAUCUUCACAGGCAGCAUAUUAUCCACCGUGAUAUCAAGAGUGACAAUGUCCUCUUGGACGCCCGCGGCAAUGUCAAAAUUACCGAUUUUGGUUUCUGCGCCAAGCUCACGGAUGCCAAGUCGAAGCGCGCCACCAUGGUUGGUACGCCAUACUGGAUGGCGCCAGAGGUGGUUAAGCAAAAGGAAUACGGAUCCAAGGUGGAUAUUUGGUCUCUCGGUAUUAUGGCGAUUGAGAUGAUCGAGUCUGAGCCACCCUACCUGAACGAGGAGCCUCUCAAGGCCCUGUACCUGAUUGCUACCAACGGCACGCCUCGCCUCAAGAAGCCAGAGAAGCUGAGCAAGGAGCUCAAAGCUUUCCUGUCGGUCUGUUUGUGCGUGGACGUCAAGAGCCGUGCAUCGGCAGAUGAGCUGCUCGCGCACGAUUUCCUCAAGCAUGGCUGCCCUCUCGGUACGCUGGCGGAUCUAUUGGCCUUCAAGAAGCACGCCAAAUAG